GGCCGGCCCGGGCGCGGCUGGGAAGUGUAGGCGGAGCGGGCCGCCCUCGGCGUGAGAGCUCCGCUGCGGCUCCGUGCCGGGAACAUGGCAGCACUAGAGGCGGCGGAGGCCGCGCUGGGGCGGCAGCAGGAGAAGGAAGAGGAGGAAAACCACAACCAUGACCGUGAAGGCGGCGGCGAGCCGGCGGCGCUCAAUGGUUUGGUCUCUGAAAACAUGAAAAGCAAAAACGUUGAUGUGAAAAUUCCUGAGUCAGAAUUGGAAGCUGAAGACAGAGGAGGAGAGGAAGAACGCCCAAGGGAAUCUGAUAGCAACAUUUUGGAUCUAUCAUCUGAUUACCCACGAGACAAACAUAUUUCAAUUCAGAGACACCUUGCUGAUCUAGAGAAACUGGCUGACCUCAGAGAAGAUCAAAGGAAGCCUUGUCCAUUGUGUCCUGAGGAGAAAUUCAAAGCUUGCUAUAGCCACAAACUCCAUCGUCACUUGCAGAAUUUGCACUGGAAGGUUUCUGUUGAAUUUGAAGGGUACAGAAUGUGCAUCUGUCACUUACCCUGUCGGCCAGUAAAACCCAACCUUGCUGGAGACCAGACAUUGUCCAAGAUGGGAGCUCAUUACCACUGCAUCAUCUGCUCAGCAACAAUAGUCCGGAGAACUGACAUGAUCGGUCACAUCAAUCGGCACGUGAAUAAAGGAGAGACUGAGUCCAGGUUUAGCACAGUUCGUGCUCCCAAGUCAUCUUUCAGAGUGGUGAAGGAGUCAGCCACAGAUGUGCAGGUUCUUCCCAACCACUCCACGCCCCAGAAAACAGAUUCCUAUUUUAAUCCUAAAAUGAAACUCAACAGGCAGUUGAUAUUCUGUGCACUGGCCGUGCUUGCUGGGGAGCGCAAACCCAUUGAAUGUUUGGAUGCUUUUGGUGCCACUGGAAUCAUGGGGUUGCAGUGGGCAAAGCACCUCAGAAGUUCUGUGAAAGUUACAAUUAAUGAUUGUAAUGAAAAUUCUGUGACAAUGAUUAAGGAAAAUUGUCAUUUAAACAAAAUGAAGGUGAAACUGAACAGUAGGGAAGAAGACAAUGGUGAAACUGUGGGAAAUGGAGAAGAAAACAGUGACACCAUUGAGGUGACAAAAAUGGAUGCCAAUGUUGUCAUGCAUUUGAGAUCAUUUGAUUUUAUCCAUUUGGACCCCUUUGGAACUUCUGUGAAUUACUUGGACUCUGCCUUUAGAAACGUGAGGAACCUUGGGAUUGUGUCACUGACAUCCACAGACAUCAGCUCCCUCUAUGCCAAGGCUCAGCACGUGGCCCUGCGCCACUAUGGCUGCAAUAUUGUCAGAACAGAGUACUACAAGGAGCUGGCAGCCAGGGCUGUGAUUGCUGCUGUCACCAGAGCUGCAGCUCGCUGUAACAAGGGCAUUGAAGUGCUGCUGGCAGUAGCUCUGGAACACUUUGUUCUGGUGGUGGUCAGAGUUUUACGGGGCCCAACCCCUGCGGAUGAUUCAGCAAAGAAGGUCCGAUACCUCAUCCACUGCCAGUGGUGUGAAGAGAGGGUUUUCCAGAAAGAGGGCAAUAUGGUGGAAGAAAACCCUUACCAGCAGCUGCCCUGUGACUGCCAUGGCAGCAUGCCUGGGAAGACAGCAGUGCUUCUUGGUCCUCUCUGGUCAGGAGCUCUCUUUAACACUGGAUUCCUCAGGAGGAUGCUCCUGGAGGCUGUGCAGUAUGGCUUGGAUGAAGCUCAGCCACUUCUGAAGACAUUAGUUUCUGAAGCAGAGUGCACAACUCCCAAACAUUUUUCUACCCACAGUCCUGGUGACGAGAACAAACAAGAAGAGUGUGGCGUAUAUAUUAGAACACCAAAUACUUCUGCAGAAUCUUACUUAGUGCAUGGCAAGAGGAAAAGCGAGGAGGUGCUGCGGGGCACAGCGAAGCGGCAGCGGGCCGAGCACAGCGCCGAGCACCCCCCGUUCUACUACAACAUCCACCGGCACAGCAUCAAGGGCAUGAACAUGCCAAAGUUAAAUAAGUUCCUGAACUAUCUGUCGGAGGCCGGAUACCGCGUGAGCCGAACCCACUUCGACCCCAUGGGAGUGCGCACCAACGCGCCCCUGGCGCAGUUCAAGACUAUUCUCAUGAAGUACAGCACCCCAACCUACGUGGGGGCACAGGCAGAGGGCCCUGUGCAUCUCCCUGGAGAGAUCCAGGUGGGAGAAGAGGUUCCAGCUGCUGCAGUGAUCAAGGUGGAGGAGGCUGAGUUAGCAGAAGAUGAUAAAUCUGGGGUUGCCGCCGCCGUGGUCGCGGAGUCCUGCCCCACUCACUGUGCUGCUGAAUAAUGCAGAUGGGUUUGUUCAUCAGGAUGUUACAGACUUCCAGCACACCCUGUUCCAGUAAACCACUCCUUCCUCCCAAGCUGGAGUUUGACUGUUUUGAGCUGCCUGUUGUACUUGGAAAGGACAGUUUAGACUUAGGUAACAGAACUUAGCCCUGAUCCCAGCACGGCUGUGGUCACAGAACCAGCACUGUGGGAAGGCUGUGGAGUUACCUGCUUUUAUGCUCACCUCCUUUUCACACUGAGGCAUGGAGGCUGCUUCCCAGUCUGUCCAAGCCUUACUGCCAGCACAGCAUCCAGGAGGUGGGACAGGGCCAACAGUGUUAAGCAUUUUGGAAUAUGACAUUAUUGUGAAACAGCCAGUUCCUAAAAUGCAUCAUUCCUAAAACCUGGCCAGCUAUGAUCCAGAGAGAGGGCAUUUAAAGGUAACAAAAUAGCACAGAUAAAAUGCCCUCUGAGUUAAAGCCAGGCAGUCCUGCCUGGGUGCAGCUGUAGCUCCAGGUUGCACAUGUAACUCUGCAUUCAGGUCUGUUUCCAGGGUUCUGCCUCCAGGCCGGAGCUGAUCCCAGGAGAACAGGAAGGAGCGGUGACACGGCUGCUAGUGAACUUCAGUUUGUACCCAAAUCGUAGUGAAUUGUGUAGUCACUCUAGGUAGUUGUCUGCUCAGAGCUUACAGUGGUUGUGUGCUGCAGAAAGGUACAAGGGACCACACUGGACCUUCAGGUGAAGUUUGUGGUGAGUUGUCAAUAGUAACUCUGAGCUAAGAUCUCUUCUGUGAAGGAGCAAAGCUGCCAAGUGUUGGCAGUUCUGGUUUCCUUAAAUACAUGGCAGCAUUCCAGCCAAACGAG